UGGCAGUGUGUGCAAGGGCCCUUUGUGACACGCUGCAGCACGGUCACCGUGGCAUGGAAUGGUACUGGGUAUCCAAGGGCCUUUGUGACACGUGCUGACAUAGGAGCUGGAAGUGAUAAGAACACUCCAGAGUUCUCUGAGCACACGACGGGACAGAGCAGUGCUGUGAGGAGCCCCCGCACAGUGCACUUGUUCUUGUCUGACCCAGAGGUUUUUUGAGGAGUUCUUCCUGCAGCUGACCUUGAGGCCAGACCACAGGACCUGGUGACCCGUGGCCUUCCGAGGCUUCUGUUCUGCAGCUCCUACUAGUCACUGACAUGGAGCAGAGAUCCCUGGGAGUACCCAAGAUGGCCUGUUUGGAGCAGGAGAAAGAAGGCUCUGGAGCUGCCCCAGCAGAGCAGACUGAAGAGGUGGUGCGGCUCCAUCCACCACAGGAGGAUGCAGCCGUGGAGCGCACACAAGAGCAGCAAUCCAGCCGUGGCUGCUUCCGCAGAACAGCGCAGCUCGUUUGCAAAUUCAUGAAGAGGAUUCGUCAGGAAGAAACCAUCACCAGGGGCGCUGGGUUCAGACCAUACUCGCCCAUCUUCCAAAUCAAGACCAGUGCUGCCCUGCUGUAUAUGCUUGUAGAGGAAGGUUUUUACAAUCCAAAGCAAGUGCCUGCCAUGGUGAGGUACAUCCACCAGUGGCUCCUGGCCAAUGAUUCCGCUGAGCACAGGCUGGACAAGACCCUGCUGAAUCUCACUGAAGCACAGCGUGAUGACGUAGUCAUGACGGUCCUGCGUGCGGCCCCGUCCUGUGACAGAGCUGCCAUGGCCAUGUGGAAAACCAUCAUGUGCUCGCCCAGGACUGCAAAGGCAGUGCAGCUGACACUCCUGGAUGUGCUGGGGAACUGGCCGGAGCACAGCACGUGCACCUCCGAUGGGGACAAAACGGGUGUCUUUGCCCUGGCUGCAACUCUGGUGAUGUGGAAGAUCCUCCAGGUGCGCUGUGUCCCACAUCUAAUGAAGUUUUAUUUCCCACACCUGUUUGUGCACCUGCUCCUCCAAGUGUUCUUCAGCACAGAAGGGAUGCCAAAGAAGGUUGAUACCUUCUGGAAGGGAUGCCAGGAAGAACACGGCCUUGCCACCAGCCCCAACAGCUUUGCAGUGCGGACCCUGAAGUUGCUGCUCUGCCGAAAGCAGUACAAGGAUGUGGUGGUGGCAAUGGAACGCAGGGGUGCCUGGGACACGCUGCUCUGUGCUGACACCCACCACUAUGCCGUGGGUCUGCUGGCCAGGGAGAUGUCCUGCGUCUCCAUACCCUCCUGUUCCCGGGUCUUUCGCUACCUGCUCCGGCUGCUGAGCACACAGGAGCUACGCUGGGAUCUGCCUGCCCUGGCGUUCCUUGUGGAGGUCCUCGAGUGCCUGGACUUGAGGGAACGUGAUGCUGACAGAGUCCUGCAAAUCUUGUCAAGGCAUGUGCAGAGCAAGUGCAGGGAGAGGCGUCACCUGGCACUCAGGGCCCUUCUCAAGCUCACUGAUGAUCCCUCAAUGACCGAAAAAAUGUGGAGCCUGAUUGAAAGUCUUGUGGAGCUCCUGUGGGAGGCAAAUGGAGAGGCAGUUAAAAUGACAGUCAUGGUACUCAGCUUUAUAAUCUUGGACAAGGACCUACGGAUACCCAGCCCCAUUGCCCUGCAGCUGGCUGAGGCGCUCCUGCCACUCUUUGACCAUAAUAAUAGCCAGGUGCAACUGCUCUCCAUAUUGCUCUUCCGAACAUUGCUGACUCUUCCACUGAAAAAGGAAAGAAAGGUCCUGAAGUCACAGGUGCGACAGAGCCUGCUCCCACUCUUCUUCCACUGCCAUGAUGAGAAUUGGCGUGUGGCACAAGCUUCUCUGGAAACGCUGCUUUGUGUGGCUGACUUCCUGAAGAGGAAGGAUCUUGACAAAGUGGUGAAGAAGAAGAAACUGUGGAUGUUCGCAGACACCCUGCCCUUGAAGAACUGGCAAAUGAUAGCUGCCUGUCUGUCAGAAGCCUGGCUCUUCAGACUUUGCACAUUGUCAGGGCAGUGGCCACCGUGCAAUAUUCCAUCCUCGAGAACCUGGACCAUCAGCUGCGCAGGGUGUGGAAGACGUGGCUUAGGGUCUCAGGGCUUGGCCAGCUGUGCUGCUGGAGCUCUGCACAGAGGUGAUGCCAGAGGCUCUGUCUAGAGGGGCCACCUGAGCCUGUCCUUGUUUUCCUUUUCAUGAAGAUUGUUAUUUUCUUAUUUUGUUUUUCUUUAGUGUAAAAAUAUAGGACGUGUUAUAAUA